AUGGCAUUCAACUGUAGCAUUGACACAAAAGAUAUCUACAUCGGUAAAGGCCAAAACCAAAAAAGUGCUGCUAGGCCAGUAAAGAAACCAAAUGCUGGUAUGAAUUCAACUACAAGUGGUUCAGAUAUUAGAACCAUUGAAAGAAAAGCUGACGAAGGAGAGACUCCUUUAGUACACAAACAAGUCAGUCACAAGGUUUCAUUGGAAAUCCAACGAGCCCGUCAAGAAAAACAUCUAACUCAAAAAGAAUUGGCUCAAAAAAUAAACGAAAAACCUCAAACAAUCGCUGAUUACGAAAGUGGUAGAGCAAUCCCAAGCCAACAAGUGUUGGCUAAAUUAGAACGUGUUUUAGGAGUCAAAUUAAGAGGUCUUAAAUAA